UCGGAGUGAACAGUUGUGCUUAGAUUCUGCUCCUGUAUUUUCAUCGUUUUCGAUUUUUAUUACAUUCACUUGAGUCAAGAUGGUCUACAGCACGGUGAACCAAAUGAUGCCUAGCAAUGGUUUUGGAAGUCCGGUGAGUCCUCCUGAUCUGCAUUUCGAGUGCCGCGAAGUGCCUUCUCCUUCACAAUAUUCUGACCCUUCAUUCUCUCCUCCUUCUCUGCACUCUCCUCCUCAUUUCCUACCCGAUCAAGACACGCUCCUCAAGGAAGAACCUCUGAGUCCUUAUAACGGCUAUCAAAACAAUAAGAGCAUGUUGGGUGUACCCAACAAAAUUAUUUCUCAGGCAGACCUUGCCGAGGAAGCCAUGCUCUCUUCGAACAUUCACCAUCAAGCCUACAUGCAGCAGCAACUGUUCAGUUCUUUCCAGAACAAUCAAAUGCAGCCACUGCUGCAAGUGCCCAAGCAACAUCACACUCAACAGCCAAUGGUGUACAACACUCAACUAAACUCUCCUAAGUUGGGUUCGGCCGAAUCAAAUUUUGUAGAUUACGAACUGCUUCAACUUCUCAACAACCCAGAGAUGGCCAAUACUAUGGAGAUGCUCGUCGAACGAGAGCUGAUGCUCGAAAACGCAUCCAAGGAACACAUCUCGAUGACUCACGUUCAUCAGCCUUCCGAGCAAAAUCGCCAAAUGCCUCCUGCAUACAGCCAAACUGUGAUGCAGCAGAAGAUUACUCAGGAGUGCCAGCAAUCCGAUCAAAACCAAGUUACGAUGCUGCGACAAAUGACUCCAAAGUUCCAACUUACGCAGUUGCAGCAACAGCCUCAACAACAAGCGACUACCCUCGCCCCAGACGAUUUGAUGAAACUCAAGUGUUGUGAUGACUCGCAACUCAACCCUGAAGUUUUCACCACGAUUUCCGUACCCUUUGGGCGACCCGAGCCAUCACAGGAGUCUUCAUCAGAUCGAUCUCAAUGUUUUUCUCCCGAACAAAUGUAUCCGACUUUUGAGAGCCUCAUCGAUGACGGAGAAAUCGAACCUGCCGCCGAUGUCGAUUCUGAUGUGGACCCAGUCUGCGUUUUUGACUCCCUCAUGAAGAGCAUCUACAACGACGCUGGAGUCUCCCACAAUCCCUACGAUUGGUCGGUGAGCAGCGUCCGUUCAUGGCUGAAAGCUGCUGCCAAGACCAUCCAAGUGAGCCUCCCAGAGAGCAGCUUGAACUUAAACAUCGAUGGCAAAAUGCUCCUGUCCAUGAGCCCUGAACAGUUUGCCUCGGUUCUUGGAUGUAAAAAUGCUAAAUCGCUUCUCGUAUUGCUCGAUCAACAUGUUCGUUUUCAAGCGGAUGAAAAAUCAGGCUCAAACAACACUGGUAUCGGUAAAGAGUUCUUGCAAGUUAAGCAAGAAGCACUUUCAGAAGAGGCGCAAAUUCUUACUGAAAUGUCGUCGUCCAUGAUACCAACAUCUGUUGUAAAUCAUAAGUACAACGCUCAUUUCACAAUGCAGCCAAGACUCGCGGAAGACGCCAGUUCGAGUGCACUUUCCGUUGGUAAUCACCAUGUUGAUGGGGAUCGAAAACCGCUAAUGGAGCAGUUCGUUUCGCUGCCUUCAUAUCAACAUCAACAGCAAAAACAACAGCAACAACAGUUGCAGCUGCAACCUCAACCUCAGCAGAUUUCUAAAGUUGAACGCUCGAGCGAUUCAGGAUCACCAACAUACUCUUCAUUUCAAGUGAAUCAAACCAACGAACAGCGGAACGCUAAUUUUUCAUAUAGUCCUACCAGCACUAUUGUUACCAACAGUGGGACAUCGCACUUGAAUAACAACGCACCCUCACUUUACGUCCCUUCACCCGCUGUGGUAAAACAAGCGACUGCGCAUUGUAACAUGACGGCUGGCUCUUCACAAGCUGGCAUGGUACACUCACCAAACGGUCAGCCUGUGCCUCUUCAAGAUGGUAUCAAUGGUUAUGUCAACGAUUCCGGUGCAGAUUUGUCGGCGUUGCUUCAACAACAAUCGCCUCAACACCCAGCUACAUUGGACCCUGAGGAGUCCAUGGACACUGAUGAAGAUGUCGAAGAAGACGUACCAGCGAGCAGCACGGGAGGCAGUGGCCGAUCUCACAUUCAGCUCUGGCAGUUCCUCAAGGAGCUCCUCGACAACAACAAAAAGUACGGUUCAUGCAUUCGCUGGCUCGAUCGUCAGGAGGCGAUCUUCAAGAUCGAAGAUAGUGUCCGCGUCGCAACCCUUUGGGGUGAACGGAAGAACAGGCCUCAGAUGAACUAUGACAAACUCUCUCGGUCCAUUCGUCAGUACUAUAACAAGAACAUCAUGAAGAAAACAGAACGUUCCCAGCGAUUGGUGUACCAGUUCUGUGCUCCUUACGGACAGUAAGCGGUACUUCUGCAUUCUGCCCAUGAUUUCGAUGGCUGAUGGACGGACUGACUUAUGAGUUUUCUAAGUCAGUUUGGCCUGACUUUGACCCGUUGCUUGGACUGUCGUAUUUUUAGAGGAGAAAGGUAAUUUUCUCCGAUUUGCGCAAUUGGUGAUCAGUGUAUCGGAUUUAUUCCUGAUCCUGAUCGUGACCAAUGUGUGUUUUAUUUUCUGACUAUAUAUCUAUGAUAUAUUCCCCUGAAGUAAGUUCUGUGAACUUGAGCAUUUAAACGAAAGUAUCAGUACGCUGCUUUUGUUUUAAGAUAUCCCUUUAUUAUGAACGAGUUCUGUAGAUACUGUAGUGAUCAAUCCCCUGGAAAAAAUUGCUGCAAGUUGUUUGACAAUUUUCUCGAGUGGCUUCGGAUCUACAGUCGAGGUUUAAAAUAUGCUAGUAUAGCGUGCUGUUUUAAUUUAGCGUUUCAGUUUGAAAAACUAUUUUAAGGUGAUAUCUAAGUGUUUUAAAUUAUCUUUUUAUUAAGUUCUCGCUUAUAAGUGGACUGAGGUAGAGCGAAAUAUAGGCCAAACUUCCCUCGUCUUCAGUCCAGUAGCCGAUAGCUUGAGCUCACCACCUGGACGCAGUUGGUGUCGUUCCCGAGCUGUCCGCGCGAGGGCUCCUCUGCAGCUCGAAAACUCGGUAGUCGCCGUAGCUAAGCGAUCGUAUUUUUCGAGAGACAAACGACCCCUCGUAACUUUUCCAGAAUUGAUGAGCGUUUUUAUUAGAUUCUGAUGCGUUAUCCUUCUAUAUGUUGUUAAAAAACCAAGAUUUAGUUCUCAAUGCUGCUGUUCUCUUUCUCGCUUAGUGACCUUGGCUCCCAGUUUCUGCAUAGAGAAAACCCGAUAGAAUGUCUCUUUCCUUAAUUGAUUGACUCGUAGCUGCCAAGUGAUGGUAGACGCGUUGUCGUAUGAUUUUCGUACUUCUUUGGGUUGCUGCUGACUUGUUCAGCAGAUCACCAGAGCUUUCUCAUUUCAUAACUAACUUUAUCUUGAUUUAUCUCAUCGUGAGGUGCGUGCUUGAAGUUAGCACUCAUUUUCGGCUGGUAAUUUGAAUAUCAUGAGCUGAAAAUAACGUCCCGACUUGAACCACGCAUGUGUCCAGCUCACGUCGAGCUCGAUUAGAAAGUUCUGAUCUUUCUUGCUGACCACGAGCGCCGCAAGCUUGCCAACUUUCACGCUCGCUUCGCCACAGCGUUGAAUUUACGUCAUUCUCUCGCUUUACGUUACUAACCUCCUGCACAUUCGAUUUUGUAUGAACUUUGCGAGAGCAUGCACGGCAAAGAUCAUAUAAUGUUGAAGAAACAUGGCACAAUAUUUAGUUUCAUCCUUUAUCUAAUUUUAAGAAUCACCUAUCAGUCUUUCCAAUUAUCUAAUGCGCGUUCAUCUGACUUUCUUAAAUAGUAAAAAAUAUUCUAAACAUACCUUAUGUGAUUUUCAUUUCCUAUAUGAGAAUUGAGGCAUAUGCAGACGCAGCCUGUGCUACAUCAUCUAAUGAUGAAAAUAUGAGAAGCAAUUAUGCGUCUUUCAUUGUUAGUUAUAUUCGAUUCAAUCGAAUGUUAUACUUUUUGAGUAUCUUCUUUCAAUUUUAUUCAUAUUUAUCAUGACGAGGUGGAAUUUCGUCGGUUAUCGUCGUUCUGUCAACCUCUUUCUAUAUUUAAGAUAAGAUUAAGUCUUACAUCGGAAACUUGUAUCUUUGUCUAGAAUCGAGUAUAUCGCUUGUGGAGAGUAAAGUUCCAACGGAAUGGACUCGUGCAAAGGCAAAGUUAUAUAUUUUUAUAAUUAUGUUUUUAAAAUGUAUUUCUGAAAAUUCUUCUGAAAAAUUUUUUCGCUUAAUAAUCUAAUUCAAGCUUUAUUUGGUUUGGUUAGGAACUAUAUGCCAUCGGUCUAAUUCACUGUUUACAUUUCUUUCAAUAAAUUAUUGUGCUCA